AAUCUCUUAAAAUAAAGCCAAACCACUUUUAUGUAUUUACAUGUAUGUAUAUUUAUAUGAUUUAAGCAAGUGCAACCCGUCUAGUUAAUUUGCUAGCUCUACUAUUAUGCCCAACAUUAAUAGAACCAUACUACAUAGCCAACUAUUAGUAAUGCUUGUUCAAAGAUUUGCUAUGUUUAGUUUCAGCUUCUUUUUUUUAAGGUGUUUUUGUUGUAGAUACAUUGUUGCCAAGCAUGCUUCUAUUGUGAAAGAGCUUAGACCGGGGGAUUUUGAUCCUAAUGAGAAGUUCUGGACGAGGUUUCCGUCGGAAGGGUCUAAGUUUACACCCCAGCACCAUUCAGUGGACUUCAGGUGGAAAGACUAUUGUCCCAUGGUGUUUAGGGUAUUUAGACAUCUAAGGGAAUUAUUUUACAUGCUUGCUAUUUGUGGAAGUGACACACUUAGGGAGAUGUCUUCUCCGGGCAAAAGUGGAAGCAUCUUUUAUCUCACUCAAGACGAUCGCUUCAUAAUUAAGACUGUCAAGAAGUCUAAAGUCAAGGUGCUCAUAAGGAUGCUUCCAAGUUACUACCAACAUGUUUUUUAAUGCAAGAACUCCUUGGUGACGGCAUUCCUGGGCGUGCAUUGUGUCAAACCUGUUGGAGGUCAAAAGGUAUGGUUUCAGAUUUGAGUUUUGUUUUGCAGCUGUAAUUAUGGUGGUUUACCAUCUAAAUGCUUGUUAAAAUUUAAUGAAAAGUUGUGAUGCUAUUGAUAAAACAAACUCGGUUUAUUGUAAUGGGCAAUGUGUUUUGCUCGGAGUACCAGAUCCACAAGAGGUUUGACCUCAAAGGCUCUUCUCAUGGUCGAUCAACAGAUAAGCCAAGGGAACAAAUUGAUGAGACUACCACUCUCAAAGACCUUGAUCUUAACUUUGUCUUUCGCCUUGAACAGUCUUGGUUUCAAGAGCUUAUAUGCUCAGUUGAUGAAAUGAAAAGUUCACCUCGCAGUUCUCAUUCAGGCAACAGAGACAUGUUUGAUAAUGAGAUGCUCACAUGUUGGGGACCUCUAAUCCAGCUGGAUCAUGGAACAUGCCUGCCACAGCUGAGAGUGUGCAAGGCUGGAUUGGAUCACCAAACAACUAGUGGAAGUAGUAAUAGCCAGAUCUCUGAUGUAAUCCUCUACUUUGGAAUCAUUGACAUUCUCCAAGACUAUUAUAUUAGCAAAAAGAUAGAACAUGCAUAUAGAAGUCACUACAAGUGGACUCCACUUCUAUCUCAGCUGAUGAUCCCAAGCUAUACUCCAAAAGGUUUAGGGAUUUCAUUCACAGAAUCUUUGUAGAGGAUAAAUGACAAAUGAUAUGGUUGGAGACCAAAGGAGUAUAGAAUGCGAACCGGAACCAACUCUGGCUUACUAAGGUGGCAUUCCAUGCACUAGGAAAUGCUACAAACAUGGGUGAUCUAAACACACAUAUAGAUUGGAAAACAUCAUGGUUGUUGAUGGCUAAAUUUUUGUCAUAGCCAUUGAAAACUUUAUUGUUAACACAGAUGGGGGAGGAGACAAUUUGGACACUAAUGACAUUUUUUUCACUUUAGUUUGGGAGGGAGAGGGAUUGUCACACUAGCUUGUACAGGGUAUGUGAUUAGAGUUCUUUUUUUAUUUUAUUGCUUUUGUUAUGGAUGUAGACAUUGUGGGGUGUGGAGAGAGAUUCAAAUUGACUCAGGAGAGGGGAUAAUAACUGUACAGACAGUCAAAAGAUUGAUAAAUAGAAUUGAAUUGAACAUACCAUUUUUGGUUAGAGCAAUCAAAAAGAGUUGAGCAAGAAAGAAGAGUUCCAAGAGGCCCCCCCUUGUAGCCCUCAACUGAUGUGCAUUCAAACAGGUUUUUUUAAAACUUUUGCAGCAAUGCAUGAAAAGAAGAGAAAAGCGGAUUGGGGAGCUAUGGGUUUCCUGAUCCUUGUAGCCAA